GGCGGAAAAUUCGACCACCCGAAUCGUCUAUUUCAUUCCAUUGAAUCAACCUGGUCGGGCUGUAUGAAAAGCUCAACUAAUGUGAAGGAACUGAUUCCUGAGUUCUUCUACCUUCCCGAAAUGUUUGAAAAUGUCAAUCAGUAUCGUUUCGGUAAACUUGACGAUGGUGUCUUACUGGACGAUGUACUUCUACCGCCCUGGGCCAAGAGUCCGGAGGACUUCGUUCGCAUCAACCGACAGAGUACACCUCUUCAUCAGGUUACAACUAACAUGACAAAUUAUGACUAA